GACACUCGUAUUCAAAAUGGCGGACGUACCACCUCCUCCAGACACCAAUAUCGGCAAUGAAAAUUCAGCACCAAACGCUCUGGCUGACAGAAGCUGGGAAAGAGCAUGGAGUCUGAAGGAGAUGAGAGAAAAUGCUGCCAGCUGGUCUCUGGCUGGAGAUGCUGGGUUACUGCAAUAUCUUCAAGACUUUUCCCAGAAACUUGUCUCGCGAACACAUGAGAUUGAAAAGGAAGUAGAAAGUCUUGUCCACGACUCUAAGAUGACCACUGUUCGAGUGAACAAUGUCUUUAAUGACUUUAUGAUGCUGGCCAAUACUCAGUUUGUGGAAAAUAGAGUGUAUGAUGAAGAUGAAAGUGAACAGGCUGAAACAGCUGCUACAGAGGAGAAAAAGCCAGACAACCAUGCAAACACGGAAAAAACGAGAGAACAGCGCGAGGCUGAGUUGAUACCGAAAGUGUCGGAGGCCAUACGUCUUGGAGUAGAUGUGAUUGAACAAGCUUUUGAAAAACUGGACACAAAUAUAGAUGACAACAGUGACAGUGAGGAUGAGGACGAAUCCUAUCAUGUUGAUCCUAUACUGGAAGCUAAGGACCCUUAUCUGGAGAGAUCUUUACCAUACCUGAUAGGCACGCCACAGUUCCUGAAUGACGAUAAUGUUGGCUUACGGGAAAUUUCAGAUGAUGAGGAAUCAGAUGCAGGGGAGAUAAGUGAAAGUGAAGAAUCGGAGGCAGAAGAAACAAAACCUGCAGCUGGGGGCAAAGACUCUGAGUAUUCAUACAGUGAGAGUGAUUCUGAGACCGAGAAGAAACCUCCUAAGAAACAAAAGGCCCCAUUCGCUCCACAGAGUUCAGAGGACUCUGACAGCGAAGGUUCCCUAUUCGGCACAUCCAAACCAGCGGCCCGAGCAGAAGAAAGCUCCGAGGAGGAGGAGGAGCAGAGUGAAGAUGAAAGUGACACAGAAAAACCACAGGCACCACCAGCAGCUCCUACAGACUUUGCAUCUGAAUUGGCAAGGAAACUGGGUGGGGCACCCCCCAAACCCCCAUCACCCACCCUUGGGGGGAUGGAGAGUGGGGAGGAGGAACAGCCAAGAGAAGUUCGAAAGAAAAAGAAAGAAAAGAAAAAGAAGGAAGAGAAAGAAAAACCGAAGGAAGACGAUUUGUUUGGCGGUGGGGAUGAUUCUGAGGGUGACGAUAUAUUCGGAGCAGGUGGAACUUUUGGCGGGAAAAAGACCAGUAAUCUCUUUGAUAGCGAUGAGGAGGACAUGUUUGGCGAAAGUAAACGUGGCAGGAAGGAUACAGAGAAGAGCGUGGUCAGUGAAGAGGAAGAGGAGCCAGUGGAACCAGCUGAGGUCAAACAAAGGUCACGGACUCGCACAACCUCAACUGGGAAGAAGCUGCCUGCUGGAGCUGUUCCCAUGUUUGGAGGCGCGCCAAAACCCCAAGCAGCAGGAGGAUUAUUUGACGACGAUAAUGAUGAGGAUGAUUUGUUUGGCUCAACCAAACCUGUAGCGCCUGAACCAAAACAAGAUAAAAAGCCCCCGAGCAAGCCGAGUGUGGGAGGGGGGUUGUUUGAUGAUGAAGAAGAAGAUGAGGAUGAUAUGUUCGCAACUGUUGGCAAGACUGCAGAGACCAAAUCGGAGCCGGAAAAAAUGGCGGAACCAGUUAAAGCACCUCCUGAGAAAAGGCACCCUGCUGGAUCGGUGCCUAUGUUUGGCCCACCAGGAGCAGGUAACCCACUAGCGGCAGCCCUUAAAAAGAAGAUGCAGCAGCAUGAGUCGGAGGAGGAGGACAAUGAUGAUUGGUCAGAUGGAGAAAAAUCCCACAGUGACAGUAUUAAAUCCAACCAAUCAGGAGCUUCGAAACAAUCAACAAAGAUACCAAGUGUCCAAUCGAAAGACAGCUUAUUUGUAGAUGAUCCAGAUGAUUCAAUGGCUUACCUGAAGCCCAAAUCAAACAGUGUGUCUCGGAACACCAAGGUUACAAAAAGUCUUUUUGAUGAGGACGAAGAGGAUGACCUCUUUGGUUCCUUGACAACCAAACCAGCAACAAAACCAGCCGCAAAGUCCUCAACAAAGGAGACUAGCGUAAAGCCAAAGCCAUUAGGUGGUGGUUUGUUCGAUGAUGAUGAAGAUGACAACAACGACAUAUUUAGUAUCACAUCUCCGGCCAAGCCCAAGACUGAAGAAAAGAAAAAGCCGCCAGCAGGGGCAGUUUCAAUCUUUCCAACAGAGAUUGCUGGGACAAAGAAGGAACCGGAGCCAACGAAAACGCCUGUAAAACAGGCUGCAACAGGGAGACCGCCAUCUAAAUCCAUCUCCAUGUUUGAGGGUGAUGAGAGCGAUGAUGAAAUGUUUGCUGAUAAGCCCAAGCCACCCCCUCUCACACAGUCUGGCGGGGCAAAGAAGAGUAUAUUUGAUGAUGGUGGAGGCUUGUUUGGUGAGGAGGAAGGGGAGGAUAUCUUUGGAAAACCUCCGUCAACGACACAGGCAAAGAAGUCUGGUCCCACUACUGGGAAAACUGCUGUUGCCAAGGAAACCAAAUCUGCUGGCUUGUUUGACAGUGACAGUGAAGAGAAGGACAUUUUUGGGCCCCCAAAGGUGACAAAACAACCACAAAAAGUUGUCGUAGCGGGAGCAACAGAGACAGAAUCAACAGACACUAUUGAUGGUGGGGAGAAGGAAGCACCAAUCAAGAAACCCCCUGUUGGUGGGGUUGCCAUGUUUGGUGGUGCGGGGCUUCCAGGCCUUGGAAAACCCAAAUCUGUCAAAACAUCGGACGUUGUGGUGAAGAAGCCUCAGCCCAAAAAAGCUACUGCUGACCCAUUGUUUGGUGCUGAUGAUGAUGAUGACGAAGGGGACUUAUUUAGGGAACCAGUCAAGAAACCACUAUCUAAAAAAGCAGAACCAGUCAAACCAGCAGAGGAAGUGGAAGAUUCCCACAAACAGGAGGUCACGCCUGAACCUAGUCGAGCCAGCAAGCCAGUGGGUGGGGUAUCAAUGUUUGGACGGAUGAACCCUUUCGAACCCCCCUCAGCAGCAAAGGACAGACCCCCAUCCCCCACCCCAGAUGUAGACAGCAAAAGUGAAGAAGUCGAUCCGCUAUUUUCUGAGAAGGCGGGUACCGCUCCAUCACCUGAGAAAUCGAAACCUGGGUCUGCUGCCAGGGGCAAGAUUGGGAAACUCCAGGCUUCGCUAAAUUUUAACCCCUCGGCCAUGAUGCCAGGAGCAGCCCCCCCACAGAAAGAGCCUGAACCUCUAAAUAUUGGCUUUGACCAGCCUGCCGAGAUCAGAACACUGCAAAGUGCUAACAAGGAUCGUGCCAAGAUUGGGGCCAAAAGGCGUCCACCAUCACGCCAAGCCCGAAAGUCUGCAGCACUGUCAAAUGACCAGUUGAGCCCCGGCGGUUCUGCUAGCCCCUUGUCAAGCCCCACAUCAUUGCCGACCAGCCCAAGAACUCAAGAUAACGACCUGGAUUUUGACCCCUCCAGGGUUCCUCCCCCUCUCUCCGAUUCCCCAGAGCGAGUCCCAUCCCCAGACUUCGGAACCGGAACUUCUACAGACCUGUUUGGAAAUGAGGAUCUAUUUGGUACAGGUGGUCUUGGUGCUAAAUCUUCCAAAUCUACACCCCGUGAUACUUCUAUAUUAAGCAGUGGUGCUAAUGAUGAUGACUUAUUUUCUGGAAAAUCUAUCGAUUUCCCAAAGUCUAAAAGAAAAACUGAUGAUCUUGAUGAUCUUUUUACAAAGCCUGUGCAUGAUACUCCAUCAAAUAGAACAACAUCGAAUGAUGAUGAUUUAUUUUCUGCCGUGCCAAAAACAUCCUCAGCAAAGGAAGAAAUAAAAACUUCAGUCAAGGAUAUAGAAAGUGGGACCAAGCCUAAAGCAGGAGUUAGUGCAGAUGAUGACGAUGAUGACAUUUUUGCUAUAAAAAAAUCAAAACCUAAAGCUAAACCUUCUCCGAUUAUUGAAGAUGAUGAUGAUGAUAUAUUUGCAUCAUCUUCUGUGAACAAACCUAAAUCAGCAGAGACAAAAUCUGGUGAAAAGAUGGCAAAUGGUCAACCAGCAGCCAAGAAAGAUGCCAAAACCUCCGAGAAAACUGCAAUGGAAGAUGAUGAUGAUUUAUUUGCUGCAGCUGUAAAAACAGAUAAAAAGAAAACAAAGAAGGCGAUGACGAAGGAUGAAGACUUGUUUGCAGACGACACAGACAUUUUCAGCAACAUUCCAAAGGCCAAGCCAAAAGAGAAGAAAACUAAGAAAAAGAAAGAUUUAGCUGCACCAAAGAAAACCAUCUUCAAGGACGACAUAGAUGACAUAUUUGCCGAUGCCUCCCCAGCGUCGAAGCCGAAGGAGAAGAAGAAGAAGUCAGUGAAAUCAAAGGAGCCCACAACAACAGUUACUGAUGACCCUCUCUCAUAAUCCGACAUUCAUGUUUAAAUUGGCACUUUGUGUGUCUUAAAUUGAUCUUAAAGGAUCACUUUCACUCUAAUUAUGCAUAACGCCGAACUUUGUCAUAGAUUCAGCUAAAGGAGCGCCUUUAUCUUAAUUCAUGAAUAACGGGGAACUUAGUGUUAUAAGAUAACUACAUAAGCUGAUGUGAGCUUUUAAGCCAACUUUAAUCAGGCUUAGAGUACACCUUUGUCUUUAAUCAGGCUUAGAGGAUCACUUUGCUUUUUUGUAACUUUGCAAGCCUCAUUUAGUCAAACAAAUAACAUUUCCAAAUCUUCUGAUAAAAUUUUGAUGAUGACAUUGUAUUGUUUAUACUGUAAUACCCGUUCAAUGGCUGCAUGUCAUUUUAAUUGACAAUUGGAGCAUUUUUCUAUAUGAUUUUCUUAAUAAUCUCCAAAUUACUGUAGAUGACCAAUUUUGUGAUAUAUAGAAGAAAACUCAUAACCUGUUCGAGGAUUUUUUAUAUAUAGAUUUUACCUCUUGAACAAAAUUUAAGCAUAGAAAAACUGGUUAACUUGAAAAGUUGAAAAUAUCCUUUAUUUAUAUCUUUAUUGACAUUUCGGCUUUCGGGCCUUUUUUCAAAAUACUAACAGAAAAUCUCUUAAGGCCAAAAUAAUGUAAAUUAAGAGUCAAUUAAAGGAUUUAUACAGGAAAGUAUUUGUAAAGGAUAUUCCAUUAUGAAUAAUAACAAUGAAAUAAAUGAUAGUUUAUUAUAUUAUUAUUAUUUUUAUUUAUGAUAUAUACAAUAUAUAUAUAUUGUUUUUUAUCUGGGACUUAAAUGUUGGUACAUUAGUCCCAGAUUUUAUUUUUCAAUUGUUGAAUAAUUGUUAAAAUCAUUAUGAUGAAUAUAAAUUAAUGAAUUAAAGAUGUAUAGA